UUGAGGUGAAAUAAAAGGGAGAGGGUCUAGGAAGGAAUACUAAAACAAAAACUCUUAUUAGAUGGGAAUAUCUGUAGGGCGGAUGAUUUGUGGAUUAGGUCUCGACAGAAAAAGCGGGAGGGAGCGUGACAAGGAGAGAUGAGGACGCAGGAGUUAGUUUACUGAUGCGGCACCAACGCUUCUCAUUGGAGAUUGGAUAUAAAGAUUGUAGAUAUUCCUCAAAUAUCCGGAUGCUGAAACUCCACUCCAAACGUCCUCAAGCCUUGUCGUGAUAAAGCACUUUAGGUGCACAUUUUUGCAUGUAAUAUGUUCUUUCCUGCUCUGCUGCUGCUGGCUCUGUCUUCAGUGGAAGGUUCAAAAGAGUGCCCUCACCACUGCCUCUGCUACGAACACUCGGAUCUGGUAGACUGCCGAGCGCGCGGGUUCGUGGCCUGUCCCAUGGCACUUGGCUGCUGGACCUGGGUGGCAACUUGCUGAUGGAAGUGCGGAGCCGUGCCUUUGUCGGACUUUUGUCACUGCGGGUCCUGGUGCUCUCUGACAGUGGAAUCCAGCUGCUGCAGCCCGAGGCCUUCUACUCCCUUUCCUUUAUGGAGAAGCUGGACAUGAGCCGUAACGAGCUGCGCCGGCUGCCGUCGGACUUCUCCCACAGUCUGUCCUCGGUCCGGGAGAGAGCCUGGAGAAGCUGGACCUGAGCCACAACCACAUCACCUUCCUGCAGCCAGGGGUCUUCCGGGGCCUGUCUCGCUUGCGCCACCUCUACCUCCAUGCCAACCACCUGGGAGCUGUGCGCCAUGGCUCUCUGUCCAUGCUGCCGGUCCUGGAGGCCCUGCAGCUGGGCCAGAACAACAUCUCUCACAUCGACACGGAGGCUCUGGCUCCCCUGCACAGCCUCACUCUGCUGGGCCUGGAGGGAAACCAGCUGCAGCACCUUAAGUUCAAGACCUUCCUGAGCCUCCACACGGCCGGCACCCACCUGCAGCUGGCUGGCAACCCGUGGAACUGCAACUGCGACCUGAACCGGGUCUUCAGCAAGCUGCUGAGUGUGCGCCACCUGCACGUUGACGACUACCACAACGUGACGUGCCGCGAGCCUCUGCAGCUGGCGGGCGCCUCGCUGGCAUGGGUGGACAGCCAGUUGUGCAUGGCAGAGAUGGCCACCGUGCUGGUUAUCACUGUGACUGUGCUGGUGACUGUGUUGGCAGCUGUGGUCAUGGCCGAGCGCACCCGCAAGAAGAACCAACAUGGCGGCAAGAGCUGGGAUGCUGAGUUGCAGACCCAGGAAAGGUGACUGUCAUGAGGGAGGGACACUGAGUGAGCGUGUAAUCAGUUUGAUAGAUGCAUUUUCCCUUACUGAUCUAGGAUCACAUUUCACACCAUGCUCCCUGGUCAUUUUAAGUUUGAAGAAAAAAUAUAAUGGGGCCAUUUCCCUUCUGCAGCAAACUGACUGUGAGGGUUCAUAACACACCACAGGCUCAGACACUCCUUAACAUUCAGUUGAACUUGUAGGAGGCACUCAUUCACUCUGUUACUUCAUCAUGGUCAUAAUGCAUGGCCCAAUCUGGUUCCAAGAGUCUAAGAAACAAUAUUUUAGAGUUUGAGCAGUUUUGUAUGAUGUAUCUACAAGUCUUUGACUUGUGGAACUGGAGGAAUGGUCAUAAUUUGUUUUCUGUGCAGCAUACAACUUUGUCAUCAUUAUGUUUCGGUGUAUCAUUUAAGACCUACCUGAAGUGUUUGACUGCUUACAAUUUGUCCUGUUAAUUUAUUUCUUAACUCCAGUACAGUGUUUUGUCUUUUUCUGUUCAACAUUUUCUCUUCAAUGUCUAUUCCAUUUUUGCACACUGUGGAGAAAACAUAGGUGUCAUGUUUCAAAUGUAGGCCUAUACUCAAAGUACAGCAGUUAUUUUUGUCUCAUGAAUGAUGAUGAUUAUCCUCUAACACAUGGAUAUGUUUG